GAAACAAAGGAAGAUAUAGCAAAGUUGCUAACUUGGUUGAAUGUGAACCUACUUAUAUGUGGUAAUUAACAGGAAAUUGUACACAAUAGCAAGACUAGCCAAGACAGGAUGAAAAUGUUAGUGUUGAUGACUAUUGCUUUGCUACAUGUUGGCUUCACCCAAUCACAGUGCCCCAGCACAGUGCCAGCAUGUACUUGUGAGACUGUAACCGGCCAGAGCAGGAGAAACAUCAGGUGUGUUGGUCUGACCCAGAUCCCAGCUUUCAACUCCUCUGCAGAAAUUUUCAAGAAAUUGGACAUGGAUAAUCCAAACAAUAAUAUACAAGUUAUUCAAGCCAAUGCAUUCAGUGGAAUAAAAAUAGAAGAAAUUGAUAUGAGUGGCCAAAAUAUCAAAUUACAAAGCAUUCACCCUAUGGCUUUUUUUGGUUUGGAGCAACAUCUGACAAUAGUGAAACUCCAGGGUGAUACUGUACUUCCCCCUCCCUUUGUACAACUUAAAAACAUGACCAAUCUUCAAGAGCUUGUGUUACAGUUUUUUAACAUGCCUACUAUUGAAGAAAGUACAGAAUUCAAUAACUUUCCUUAUCUGAGAACUUUGAGGUUAAGAAAUAUGAACACAAACUUUGUUUCAUCUGAAUCUUUCAAAAAUCAGUUACAGGAACUGACUGUUUUUGAAUUUGCAAACAACCAAGUGCCAACUUUUCCAAAGCCUGCUAUAAACAGACUUCGUAAGCUACAACAUCUUUCUUGGGUACACAAUGGAAUGACAACCAUUUCCUACAGCUCGUUUGAUUCUCUGAGUUCUCUUAAUGAACUGGAUCUGAGGGGUAAUGAUAUUAGGGAGAUGUUCAAUGGGAGUUUCAUAGGAAUCACCGAUAGGCUUGAGUUUUUGAGUCUUCAACUGAACAGAAUUACAAAAGAAGCCAUUAUACCAUUAGGCAAUCAUAAUUGGCUUGAGCUGGAACAGCUUAAUUUAGGUCAUAUGAUGGCUGAUUUUACAGACAUUCCCAAUGGUUUAUUCAGAAACAUGCCAAAACUAGCUAACCUUAUGAUACCUGGUAAUAAAUUGAGAGUGAUUAAAAGCAACGAUUUUCAAGGCCUUGGAAAUAUGCAUUCUUUGGACUUGUCUGAAAAUUGGAUCCACACAAUUCAAAAAGGAGCACUGUCUCCCAUGACUAGGCUGGAUACAUUAGAUCUACGAAGUCAGUAUGACUCAAGUGUAAACAACCCAAUGAAUUUUAGCCUAGAUGCCUUAGAAGGAGCAGAGCUUGCCCUGAAAACCCUACAUAUACAGGACAACCAUUUAAUUGAUCAGUAUGCUUGGGAGGCUAUUGGUGCUAUGAAAAAUCUUGUCAAUCUAGACAUAUCUAGAACUGGACUUUCUGACAUUCCAUCCUUGCUUUUCUACAGUCACAACAAUCUGGGGAGUCUUACUAUGAGAAACAACAACAUGACUGUUCUGAGAGAAGAAUCUCUUUAUGGGUUGAAAUAUUCACUGAAUGUCAUUGAUAUCUCUAACAACCAAAUAUAUACUAUUGAAAAAUGUGUUUUUGAAGGAUUUAACAAACUCAAUUUCUUUUUUGCCUCGCAGAACUCUUUUGUGUGUGAUUGUAAUCUUUAUGGACUUCACCAGUUUUUGAAGACAAUACCUUCUUCAGGUUUAGUUAUUUUGACAUGUACAAAUCCAGCGAAUUUAGCAGGUAAAUCUUUAGUUACUUUGGAAACUGGUCAGUUCUGCUCCAAUCCACCAAAUUCUGCUACUUGCCCAGAAUUUACAACAGCUACAAUGACUACGUCAACAAUUGGAACCUCUGUUGUCCCAUUACCAGAUAUUCGGUUUGGAAUUUCAAGUGAAACAACCAAUACAAUAGUGAUUUCUUGGACAGUCAGUGGAGAUUUGACUUAUCUAAAAAACUUUCUGGUGCAAUGCAAACAGUUAGGAGUAAACAAUCCCCAAGAAAAAAAAUUUCCACUUGACAAAUCCAAAAGGGAUCAUCCAAUAACUGGACUUAACCCUGGGUCUCGCUAUGAGAUCUGUUUCUUCAUUGAAUUGACAGAAUCAUCAAAACAAAUCCUUAUAUCUUGUCCAAAAGGCAUUACCCAAGGUGUUGUCACAACAGCAGCCAACCCUAGCUCGGACAAUCAAACAGUUGAAAUAAUGGGAGGUGUUCUUGGGGGUGUUUUAUUCCUUGUCAUUACCGUUAUUUUAUUUGUUUUCGUCAUCGUACCUCGAUUCAAAAAGCAAAUAACACCUAUUUAAUUUCAAAACCCGUCGUGUCCAACAACCAGUCAACGUAAGGAGUCAGUGGGGAAAGUCAGUAAUCAAAAUCAACUAAUGAGAACUGUGACUGUGAUUAUGGAAGCAAGUCCUAUCGUACAUUAUCGGACUAUAUUAAACUUUUAUAUUUUCUAUCAUCAUAAUUGUCAAAUCCUACUAUAUUCGUAAAUUGCAGAUAAAUUAUGACUUAGAAAAGUUUACAUAUAUUUUUUCAAUAUUCUUUACAUAAGAAAGAUGAUAAAUUUGCACUGUUAAGUUAAAUUUGUGUAAUAUCGUCUAUGAUUAUAAAUAUUUUACUUUAUUUUAUGAACUUUAUUUUGUAAAAAUAAAAAUGUAUAAUGUAUCUUCAUUUUUUGUUACAGAAUUACCGAUCCAGGGUGUCCCUGGCACCCCAGGUUAAGUAUAUAAUGAGGGCCCUUGCGGAGGUGUUGCCUCAAAUAAAAAAAAUGACUUUGAUCAAUGGGAAUCUUGAUUCGUCUUGAUUACUGAAUCACUUAAGAAUAUUUAUUUGAUGUGAAAUAAGAAAAUGUUACAAAAUUGUGUUUUUAUAAUGAUCAUUAGAGAGAGAAAAAAUUAACACAGGAAAAGGUAGUCUUUUUCAGACUACAUAUCGUUUAUUUUCUAACAGUUUACAUUGUACGUACAAGAGUAAAAUCGUAUUCAACAUAGGCUUGUAUUGUUUCUUUAAAGUUUGACAAGAUCUAAAGUCGAAUUUUGACAAAUUCGUUUGC